AUGAUGAAUACUCCACGUACACCUAUUGUUUUUGUAGAAUAUACGAAAAAAAUUGAAGAAUCUAUUUUAAAUGAAUCAACAUCUUCAUCAGCAAAUUCUCGUGAUUCAUUUAUUAUUCAAUCGUUAAGUAUCUAUGCUCUUAUACUUAUUAUUGUUGGUACUGUAGGAAAUUUAUUAACAAUAAUUGUAUUAUUAAGACGAAAUCUUCGUCGUUUAGUAACUAUACGUUAUCUAAUUGUAGUUAGUAUAUGUGAUACAAUAUCAUUGUAUGGUUGGAAUUUAAAUAGUUUUUAUAAAUUUAAUAUUAGUUCAACAAAUCAAAAUUUAGAAGAUGUAUCUCUUAUACAUUGUCGUGUUAUAUCAUUUAUGACAUUUGUUAGUUUACAAUUAUCAAGUUGGUGUUUAACUGCUGUUAGUUUUGAUCGUGCGUUGAAUCUCUAUUGGUUACAUUGGAAACAAUCAUUUGGAAAAUUAAAAUAUACAAAAUAUUAUAUAUGUAUUUUAACAUUUUUAUGUAUUGGAUUAAAUAGUCAUAUAUUAUUUUUAAAUGGAUAUCGUACAACAUCUGGCACUAUAAAUUGUUAUUCAACACGUGACAAUCCAAAUUAUAUUUAUCCACAAUGGGAACGUGUUCAUUUAAUUGUAUAUAAUUUAUGUCCAUUUGCUAUUAUGUGUAUUUGUAAUACAUAUAUUAUUGCUGUAACAGUACGAUCAAGUCGUGCACAAAUUGAAUCAACACCACCAACAGUUCAACGAAAAAAUAUUGAACGUUAUCGACAAUUAACAGCAUUAUUAAUUAUAGUUACAUUUGUAUUUGUUAUAUUAACUCUUCCAGCAUGCAUUUAUUUCGUAUUUUUUCGUCAUAAUCUUGAAUUAAAAACAGAACGUACUCGUCGUCAUAUGAUUCAAAUAACUGUAAAUUCAAUACAAUUUACAUCACAUGCAAUAAAUUUUUUUCUUUAUUGUUUUUCGGCAAAAAGUUUUUUAAAUGAAUUACGUGAUAUGUUUAAUGAAUUUGUAUCUUAUUGUCAAGGAGAUGAUAAUGAUGAUUGGGUUAUUGAUGAUGUAAGACCAAAUAAUGAUCAAUAUAAUGAAUCAACAUUAGAACAUCAACGAACUGAUCAAGAACGAGAAAUGCAUUUGAAACAUUAUAAAUUUAAUUUUUUUCCAGAAUUUCAAUCUGCAACUGAACAACAAACCUCUUGGAAUUAA